CAACUACCAUUCAAUUUCCGCGAAAACGCACAGUUGAGCCUCAACUUUUCCUGCGACAUCAUCACAAAAAUUCAAUCUUUGCGAACGACUCAGACCCACCCCAGAGGAAGAAGAACAUGGCUCCAAUCUGCCCUCCAAGAUCUGCAAUCCUGUCAGCGAUCCUCUGCCUCGUCCUGGUCUCGGCUGCCCAAUCGAAGCGAUCGGCCUACGACGUCCUCGGUGACUACAACUUCCCGGCCGGAAUCCUCCCCAUAGGGGUCCGAGACUACGACCUUGAGUCGUCGUCGGGCCAGUUCUCCGCCUAUUUCAACGAUACCUGCAGCUUCUCCCUCGAGGGCUCGUACCAGCUCCAGUACAAGUCCACCAUCAAAGGGGUCAUCUCCGAGAACAAGCUCACGGGCCUGCAGGGCGUGAAGGUGAAGCUAUGGUUCAUGUGGGUCGACAUCGUCGAGGUUAGUCGGAACGGAGACAAACUCGAUUUCUCGGUGGGGAUCGCUGGUGCUGAUUUCCCCAUUGAUAACUUUGAGGAGUGCCCGCAGUGUGGGUGUGGGCUGGAUUGUGAUAGUAGGAAGGUCGGUGGGAUUAGGAGGAUGAGCCAUCUUGUUUCUUCCUCUUGAUUGGAUGAGCUGUUGGGAUUUUUUUUGUAAUUGAGAGUUACCCUGUUUUAACUGUGUUUAAUGAUUGGAUAAAUAUUGCUCGCCAUUCAUUGCUUAAUUAUCUGUUGCUUCCGUUCGAUAUGGCUUUAAUAAUUGUGCUCUUCUUAUGGAGCAGCUGGAAUUUGAGCUGGAAUGACUGGGAACAUAACUAUUUGAUUUGUCAUGUUCGAGAAAAAGCAGUAUCCAAGUGAUUGAAUGUA